UUCGGAUCUGUUUCCCCCGGACCCACGUGUGUUUGCACUGGAGUGAACUUGGAGCUGCUGCGGCAGCAGUCCGUGAGAUUGUUGUAUCUGGACACCGCGGGGCCUCGGUGGCCAGGACAUCGCCAUGCCUAAAGGACUGAAAGGAAAAAUUGUAGGUCGGGAAAAAAAAGUCAUCCAUCCGUACAGCAGGAAAGCAGCUCAGAUUACAAGAGAGUCUCACAAACAAGACAAGAAGGAGAGAUUGAAGACUGAGAGGGCCUUGCGUCUCAACCUUAUCGGUGACAAACUUCAGUGGUUUCACAGUCAUCUGGAUACAAAAAAAACGAGAUAUUCAAAGAAGGAUGCCUGUGAAUUAAUUGAAAGAUACUUGGGUCGAUUCAGCAGUGAGCUGGAGCAGAUUGAGCUGCAUAACAGCAUCAAGGACAGACAGGGACGGCGUCACCACUCCCGGGAGACUGUCAUCAAGCAGACGAUGGAGCGGGAGCGGCAGCAGUAUGAAGGCUACGGCUUCGAGAUCCCAGACAUUUUAGACACUAAUAAUCUGCAGACUUUUCGGGAAUGGGAUUUUGAUCUGAAGAAAUUGCCAAACAUCAAAAUGAGGAAACUUUGUGCUAAUGAUGCCAUCCCCAAGAAGCGCAAACAGAAAACCAUUUUAAAUGUAGAAACAGAUUUAAAUAUAGAAAAAGAUUUAGGGGAAUUAGAACUAACUGUGGAAACUGGAGACUCUAAAGAUGGGAAAUUGGAACCAGCGAGCGAAGCAAGUGACUCGGAUGAAGAAAUGACUCCAGUGCCUGCCUGCCCCUAGUGAAAUCCCCUGAGACCCUCCGUCCCCCUCCCUGACGGUGAAUAACCGUGUGUGGGGGCUGGCUCAGCGGCUGGGGCCUUGCAGCCACAGCUGACUGCCGAAGUGUGAUUCCCAGAGUCCAUGGGUUGAAAAGAGCAGAUGCUAUACAUUUUCUUCUACCCCCCCCCCCACAUGCACACACAUAAGUAAAUACAUUUAUUUUAGUAAUUGUCUAUAUGUGGGAAUUUGCUAUUUAGCUCAUUCUUAAGUCGUUUGCAGUUUCAAAAUAGGGUUAUGAUUUUUAUUUAAGAAUGAAAGUUUUCAUUUUCUUUAAAUUGCUUUUAAAAUACAGAGAUUGUGUCAAUCUCUUUUCAUUGUAGCUGAAUACCUGGGCCUGGGAACUUAGCUGAGAGUCUGAAUACUAACCCAGUGCAGUUGUGCCGAGGCGUCUCUGUCUACAUCACUGCAUGGCCAACGGCGUCAUAGUGGUGGACUAGGAGACGGAGGGGGUGCAGAGGAAGAUACGCCAGCGAAUGGGCAGGGCCCUGUGUUGCCACCUCCUGAAGUCCUGUCACCUCUGAACAUCACCAUACUGGGGUGGGGGUGUGAGUGGCAAUUUUCUAACACAUUAAACUGUAUCCAAAACAACACUGACCUUCAAAGACCAUUUAACCUGAAUUUUGCAGAAGGGAAAAUUGGAAGAAAAAAAAAAUAGGGUUAGGAAUAUGGCUUGGUCAGGGAAGGGCUCCCGAGGGCCUGAAUCUCUUUGCAAACAGGGCUGUGUGGCAGGCUCCUAAUGUCUCAGUGCUGGGGGAGUGGGAGGGUGGGUAGGGACAGUAAACAGGCACAGAGUGAUCGGUACUGGCUCAGUAGUCCAGUGUGAAAGUGGUACUCUGAAGGGUCAGUGCUCCCAAACCCAUUGCCACCAGCUGCCUUUGAGGGCACACACAGCAUAGGAUUGCCCUGAUGGGCUUCAGUCUUGGAUAACAUUUUAAUACACACCAUUGUGUAUUGGAAGUAACUUGUUUUUUGAUUUUACAGAAAAUCAUACCACAUUUGGCUUGAUUCUCGGAAGAAAAUUUGGACUUUUGAAGCAUGUUAGGACUAUUCAAGGGCCAUGGAGACUUUAAAAGACCAUGAUGUUUAACUAAGUGCGUUUUGGAUACCCAAAAGGCUUUGAGGCCAAAGGCAGAACGCUGUGGUUUGAAUUUUAAAUGUCUCCUGCAAGCUCCUACUUUGCACACUCAGACUCUACCUUCCGGUGCUGCUUUGAAGGGUGUGGAGGAUUUAGGAGGGAGGGCUUGGCUGUCAGUAGGGCCAACUCUUUGAAGAUUAUGCCUAUCCUUGGGUCCAGUUGUCUGCCACUGUGCAAGUUGACAGGUUGCUCCAGAAGCUGUGACAGACUGAAGUCCUUCAGAAAUGGAGCCAGAACACACUUUUCCUUAAUGUCCCCCACCCCCCCGCCCCGGUUGAAAUUUGGAUCACAGCAGCACAAAAGUAGCUAAUCCAUCUUUCAGAUAACAGUUGAACUAGAUCCCAGGCAGCGGAUCUGUCAGAGAAUCCCAGUCAAAAGGCCGUUGCCUGUGUACAUUGCUAAGUGCUGGUGCUCUCAGUUCUCCAUAGUGAUCUUACGGUUUCCCCAUUAUGUUCUCCUAACUUCGUGGUUGGUAUUUCAUGACUUUUUCAAGGUUUCUAACUGUUCAGAUACGAGUCUGCUGAAUCUUCAGCUGUUGGGUCUGCAUUAAAAGGCGCUGCUGUGUUGUUUUGCUGUAACGGAUGCAGUAUUCUUUUCACCUCACAGGCAAGCAGACCCCACUCUGUUGUUUUCUCUGAAUCGUGCAGUAAAUCUCCCAUGUAAUUCCACAAGACAGAACUGUGUGUCUGCUCUUUAAGCAUUACAGUAAAUUACUUUAUAGACAAGGUAACUUGGGAAGCUGAGGAAUAUGUGGGUGCAUAUGUAGACAUACUCACUGUACACAUACUUAGGUGACCCUAGGAAAGCAGACGUCAUGCUCUGGGGCGCUCAUGCCCUGCCCUGUCCUGAAGCACCUUGCCUUUGCUUUCUAACGAGGCCAGCUGUUCUGUUCUUCGAUGAAGCUAGAAACUUCACUUCUGCUAUCCGAGAAGUCUGCAAACAGCUCCGCAGGCUGCAGGCAGUGGCAGCAGAGUGAGGAGCUGUGCCCCAUCCAACUGGACAGCAGCGCAUCAUACUGAAAUACUCCUCAAACUUGUUCAAAGUGGGCUUGGGGAGCUUUUGUAUUAUUUCCUUUGGCUAAUGUAUAUUUAUUAUCUAUUUUUGAGACCCAUUGAAAGAAAUCUAUUUCUCAGUCCAGAGAAUGCUAUCUAUUCUAGGCCUAUGUGGAGACCUAAUAUUUCAAGCUACCUAAAACAUGAGUUAAUCUGGUUGGGCUGGCCCAUCACCUGGCUAAGGGACUACUCCUUAGAAAGGCCAGUUCACCUUAACUCAUGCUAAGGAGAGGAGGGAUAAUUAUCCCUUUAAUGAGGAAAUGUACUUUUCUUCCCCAGAAAGCUGGGCACAGGCUCAGUCAGUAUUAAGCUGCCACGAAGCUGUUAGGUGGGCACACCUCUCAGGAAAAGGUGUUGCUUUUCUUUUCUCUUUCUUUCUGUCUUUCUUCCUCCAGUAUGAUUCUGAAUUUGGGCCUGCUUUCCCUCACCCUUUGGACUCUCAUUUCACUCUGAAGUGCUCCUGCAUUCUGUGUGGCCACUUGUCAGAACGUGGCUGACACCCAUUGCUAAACAUGCUGUCCUUACUGAGAUUGCAUGGCUAUUCACCUUCUUCAUCCUCUCUCUUUUGACGGCUGCUGUGAUUCCCAGCUUGCCUGCCUUGUUGUUGAUUAAAGUCUAAUAAAAUUGUCCAGGAGCUUC